AUGUUUGAUAAAUCAGUACGCAUUGAAAGUUUGCUUGGUAUGUUAACUGUGAAGUUGCAAGAUGACAAUUUUGUUAAGUGGAAUUAUCAGUUUCAGUCGAUUUUACGAGGGUAUGAUUUCUUUGAAUUCUUUACUGGUGAGUCUCCUUGUCCACCAAAGUUUGUGAUUAACACUAAGAAUGGAGUGACUACAGAAAUCACAGACGCUUAUAAAUCUUGGGUUAAAAAAGAUAUGGCACUAUUAAGUCUGUUAAUUGCUACUCUGUCGAAUGAUGCUAUGGAAUAUGUAAUAGGGUGUAAAAUGUCUCAUGAAUCCUGGAUAAAUUUACAAGACCGUUAUGCGUCUGUGUCAAGGGCUAGGAUCAAUCAACUCAAAAUUGAGUUUCAUACAAUUCAAAAAGGCAGUGAUUCUAUUGACAAGUAUUUGCUUCGGUUGAAAGCCAUUCGUGAUCAGCUUGUGUCUGCAGGGGAGAGGAUUACUGAUAAUGAUGUUGUUAUUACUACUUUAUCUGGAUUACCACCGGAGUUUGAUAUUGUAAAGACUGUAGUUUUAGCAAGGGAGACUUCUAUUCCGCUGAAAGAUUUCAGAACGUAG